AAAGUACAGACCUUCCGCCCAAUUUCGUCACAGCAGGAGCCAGCCCACAUGCUCUUGGUACCAAAUAGUCUAGAUACAAUCUAAAGCCAAAGUGUGUGUUGCAUGGGGACGGAAUACGGUUGAAAGUUCCCUCCUACGGUCACAGACUCUACGAAUAUAUGAGCUACUAUAUACCGGGCAUGGAUACCGUGUCCCGUGAGAUGAAAUAGAAAAGGGUCUUAUAAUAGACCGAUGCCACUUUCGCUGAGCUUCAUCGAUUCGAGUAAAACUGUCAGUUUUCUGACAAUAGCUGCAAAACCUGUGCGGUGGUCAUUUCAAUGCCCACCUCAAUCGUCGUGUGAUCUCCAGUGUUGCAUGUGUGUGUGCUUGUAUGUAGAGUAGGCCACUGCUAUUGUCCAGAACACGCUGCUUGUUGCAAACAAAACACUGAUAGCAGUCGAGGAUUGACGAUAUGGUGCAAAUCACGUUGCGUGCAAAAACCGAAGAAUGUUGUUCUACGAUCCAGAUCAAUGUAGAUGUAAUCGGUAGUAGCAAAGCAGUUUGAAUGAGGAGUUUGAUUUGUGAGUCAAGGCAUCUUGGCAGAAAACUAUGGCAAUUCUGCAGAUGACCUCCUCGACAGUAAAGGACCUUCGUAAACCCAUUUGCCAUUGACGAAACCCUCCGCAGCAGACCACUUCUAAAGGAUCUGCGCAGUCUUGGAGAGUUUUCGGUAUCCAUCGCAUGUGGGUUCUCAUGUUAACCCUCGCUUUUUCAUAUUCGGAAUAUGUGCGCUUUCUUUAUGAGGGCAGUGUGCAAUGAGUGAGAUUGGCCUGUGCAGCUGGUUUCGCAUUGCGUGAGGUUUUUGAGAACUCAUUGAUCUGCAAAUAAUUCGCCAUUCUUGGCUAUUUCACGUCUCUUGAUGUCCUCGAAACAGUUGUGCACUAUAUCAGCUGGGUCUUGUUAAGGCGACUUCGAAGUAGAGACACCUCGUGUCAUCAGAAACCAUUCCUCUCGAGUCCACGCCUUCACGUUGACGUGCAUACUCUCCGCUUGCGAACCCCUCCGAAACCCGCAGCUCAUGCUCUUCAACCUCAUCGAAUGCACGAUUGUACAAGAACCCCGAUAACGAGCUUCUCAUUACUUCCCUGCAAUUCGCUUCAAUCCUUAUCUCUCUUCAUGAGCACUGGCAACUGCAGUUUGUUGCAAAGGAUAAGUCACACUGACCCACCGCGUUGCCAUGGCUGACAGGACUAUCCACCUCGUACAAUGUCUGAUUUCUCUAAUGUAAGUUUUGGCUGCACUGCAGAGUGUCUAAAGCAAAAGCCGAGUUCGUAGGUCUACAUCGUUCAUCCUUGAAGAGGCGCUAUGUCAAACGACCUUUGAACUCCUGAGAACUUCAUCUGGUAAGCUUACGAUUGGUGGCGGAUUCUGGAAGCUCUCAAUUGAACCAGCAGCCAAUCUUUCGAAGUCAGGCACUAACUAUAAGAAAAUUUGGAAAUGGGAAUACCUCGAAUGAACAGAACCUUUCCUCACGUUCAGACAGUAAGCCGAAUUCUCUAACCGAACAAACCUAACAAGGUUCAACCCUACUGCACAAGAGGUAAUCGCUGCUGUAUAGAGUAAAGUGACCAUUUCAGCGCAAGAUGGGCGAAGAGGUAGAAGUCCAGGAUUCAAAUGGAGCAAUCAUGCUUGCGGAAAAGACAGCCAAACUUCCUAGGACCUCGACUCAAGGUUGUUGCGAACUCAGCGAACAAGCCAGUGUGCGUAUCAAGCAGGAUGAACCGCAUCUAAUUAGGGCACGGAUGUGAAAACAAGAGUGUGGCACCAUGAUUUAGGUCAGUGACAAUCCAUGCAGCAAUGGAAAUCUGUAAUGGUGCCGCCGCGACGAGCAUGACCUGGUGUCCAUGAGGGGGAGAGUGGACAAAUCGGGACAGGAAUCAUGGCAGAAGAGGAUGGGCAGGGUGCGAGGUCUCGGUGUCAGGUGGUGGUCGUAGGUGAUCACGGAACUGGCAAGUCCGGUCUUAUCAUCGCUCUUGCUACCGAUUCCUUUCCUGACAAGCCUCCCCCUGUGUUGCCGCCCACGUGCCUUCCCCCAGAUUUCUACCCCAGUCGCGUCUCGCUCACCAUCGUGGAUACAUCUUCAAGGCAACAAGACAAGAUCAAGACGGAAACAGAGUGCAAGAAGGCGGAUGCCAUAGUUUUGACAUACUCCGACGAUCUGCCUCGUACACUUGACCGGCUCUCAACCUACUGGUUGCCCGAGCUUCGGCGAUUAGAGAUUAAAGUGCCCAUCGUUGUGGUAGGAUGCAAGCUGGACCUCCACGAUGAUCGUCAGUCUGAUAUAGAACAAAUCAUGGCCCCACUGAUGCAGGAGUACCGGGAAAUUGAAACAAUUAUAGAAUGCUCUGCUCUUAAACAAGUUCAGAAAGCGGUUCUUCACCCGACUGCUCCUUUAUUUGACCAGGAGACUCGGACGUUAAAACCCCGUUGUGUUCGGGCAUUAAAGAGAAUUUUCAUGCUUUGUGACCGGGAUAAAGAUGGUGCGCUUAAUGAUGCAGAACUUAACGACUUUCAGGUCAAGUGCUUCAAUGCACCACUGCAGCUAUCUGAGAUAGAUGAGGUGAAGAAUGUAGUGUCAGAGAAGAUGGCCGAGGGUGUGAAUGUGGACGGACUCACCUUGACUGGAUUUCUGUUUCUUCAUGCAUUGUUUAUUGAGAAGGGUCGCCUGGAAACCACGUGGACGGUUCUUAGAAAAUAUGGGUAUGACGAUGAGAUUAAGCUGAGGGACGACUUGCUACAAUACCCAUCAUUCAAGCGGUGUGCGGAUGCGUUUGUGGAGUUGACCGAGAAAGCGUUAGAUUUUCUCAAAAGAGAUUUUGUAGCUUUUGAUGCAGAUGGGGAUUGUGCACUGCGACCCCAACAGCUAGAAGAGCUCUUUUCUACAGCUCCCUCCAGCCCCUGGACGGAGCUGACAUAUAGUGAUGUGGCGGAGACCAAUCAAGUGGGAGGUCUCACUUUAAAUGGCUUUCUGUCACUGUGGGCAUUGAUGACGAUGUUAGAGCCUCGGAAAAGUCUAUCACAUCUUAUAUAUAUAGGUUACCCUGAUAAUCCAUCAUCUGCCUUCCACAUCACGAACCGCCGUCGUCGAGACAGAAGGAGACAGCGUUCUGAUCGUGUUGUUUACCAGUGUUAUAUAUUUGGUGCAAACAAGUGUGGCAAAAGUGCCCUUUUAAAUGCUCUUAUUGGGAGGCCUUUUACUGAAGCAUAUGAACGCACAGAGGACACUCGCUAUGCUGUGAAUGUGGUGGAUCAAAUUGUGGGUGGAAGGAAGACUUUGGUUCUGAGAGAGAUCAUCGAGGAAUCCGUGUCAAGCCUCUUUGAGAAGAAACAUGCUCUUUCUUCUUGUGAUGUGGCUGCUUUUGUAUAUGACUGUGCAGAUGCACAAUCAUGGAAACGCGCUUAUGAGCUAUUAGUACAAGUAAUAGCACAUCAAGAAAUCACUGGGUAUGAAAUUCCCUGUAUGAUCAUCUCCGCCAAAGAUGACCUUGAGUCUGUCCCCUCUUGCACGAAGGGCUCCACAAGGGUCUGCACCGAUAUGGGGCUCGAAGCCACCAUUUCUGUAAGCACAAAAUUAGGUGAUGUCGGCAACUUGUUUCAGAAAAUAGUCGAUGCUGCACAACAUCCGCACCGUAGCAUCCCUAAGACAGAGGCAGGAAGGAAAUUUAAGCACUAUCGAUGUCUCAUUCAAUGGUCGUUAACAGUCGCUGCUGUUGGAUUCGGUGCUGCUGUUGCAGGUAAUGCAAUCUACCGAUUGUGCGUAAGAAGAAAAUGUUGAAGCCGCAUGCAUUUCAUCCACCUUCCAUGCAUAUUUCUUGUAGGAUUUCUACGAGCUUUUUUAAUGAUGUCAGUUUUGAAAUAAUUUUUAAUCCCAAUUAUAUCUGGAAACGUUGUAUAACAAGUUUAUCGACGUCUUUUAUUCAUCGUGGCCACCUCCUGGUGGCAUGCCAAGUUUGUUUGAGUUAGGAAA